AUGCGACACCAAUGCUACCAAAAGGUCAAGAAGCACUACCAGUGCUCCCAGUGCGGGAAGGUCUACAGCAACAGGUCCAGCUUCAUGUGGCACCAACGCUACCACACGGGGGAGAAGCCCUACAAGUGCUCCCAGUGCGGGAAGAGCUUCUGCAUCCGGUCCAUCUUAGUGCGGCACCAGCGGCAGCACACCGGGGAGAAGCCCUACAAGUGCCACGAGUGCGGGAAGGGCUUCGGGCCGAGCUCGUCCCUCAUCAUCCACCAACGCUACCACACGGGGGAGAAGCCCUACAAGUGCUCCCAGUGCGGGAAGAGCUUCUGCAUCCGGUCCGUCUUAGUGCGGCACCAGUGGCUGCACACCGGGGAGAAGCCCUACAAGUGCCCCGAGUGCGGGAAGAGCUUCGGGCGGAGCUCGACCCUCAUCAUCCACAAACGGAUUCACACCGGGGAGAAGCCCUACAAGU